UCGAUAUGGAGCAAUUUUAAAUUAUGGGAGCCCCUUAAAGAACGCGGACUCCUUCGGAAAAAAAGAAAAGAAAAAAAACACAAUGCAAAGAAGAUGAAAGAUGUACAAAAUCUUUUAUGUAGAUCGGACGGCCAAAAGUCUAGACACACUCAAGCGUGGGCGCCACUGGCGAUGAUUCUCCACGUGUCUGAAUCUCCUUGCAGGAACACCAAAUUCCAUCUCUACCCACACUUACCCAUCUGCUUCCCAUUCUCCCAAACCAAACAUGCCUCGCCCCUUUCUGGCUUCCUCUUUCCUACAACCUCCUUUCUUUCGGCUUCGACUCCAGACCUCACCUUCGGUUCCGAACCUCAAUUUUGAUCCUCUGGUAGUUGAAAGUUUUACACUAUAUCGAUCACUUUAUCUCUCUCUCUCUAAAAAAAAAAAAAAACCAAAAUAGUUCUCUCCAUUUAAUAUUUUCAUUCGGAUUCAAACCCUAAAAAGUUUUGAUGUUCUUCAAGGAUCGAUUAUUCGAACUCCAUUUUAAAGGCUUGUUCGCUUAACUAAAUGUGAGUUUUUGGACAUAGUUUUUGAGUUUUAGCGCCUGUUUGGUUGCCAAGAAAAUGGAGGAUGCGGGGCAUUUUUUACCGAGGAAUUACAAAUUUUAAUUUCAGGAGAAGUUGUAGCAGUUCUUUUAUUUUUGCUCUUUAAAAGUAUUUGGUUUGGUUGCUUCUUAAGCUUAUCUUUUAGCAUUUGGAGUCCAUUGAGCUUUACAUGGUAGCUUUUGAUGCUUGUUUUUCUUAGUGGAGGAUAUGGUUGAGUUUCAAAACGUGGCAACUGUGGUGAAUUUUAAAUGUGUGGAAGAGGUAAUAAUUUUGUUCUCACAAAAUUUUAGCUGCUGAGUAUUUUCGGCUUGGAUUAUCUAUGCCUGGCAACGAAGUUGGUGAUAGUAUCCAUAAUUUUCUUGGCCAAGAGAGCUUGUCCCUGGGCCAGCAUCACUCACAGCUCAUUGACAGUACCUGGCCUGGCUUAAGUAACAAUCUGUGGGUUGAAAGCCAGAGACAAGUUGGACCCCUUGUUUCUAGUGUGAAGAAUUUGAGUGUACAUCAGUUAGCUGAGUUUGACAGGGGGCAUACUGGUCAGACUUCAAGCCUGCAGCAUGGACUGGACUUCACACAAUCUGGUAUGAGGUCUGAAAUUGCCAGAAAUCACUCGCAAAAUGAAUCAUCAAUUGCAACUGGCUAUAUGCAAGUGCAUCAGGGUUUCCAGGCAAGGCAGAAUAAUACAAACUUUUUGGGAGUGGAUACAGCAUCUAGAUGCUUGCCAGUUCUUGAUUCACAUAUAGAAAGUGGCCCUGAUCUUCAUGAGAAAAAUUCAUUGAGGUUGGAAUCUACUGCAUCUCCCGUUAAUUGCAACUUUCUUGGUGGGCAACCGCACGUAAAUGGACAGCAUCCUGGCAUGAUCCAGCCUUUACCGAGGCAGCAAUCAGGGAUGACUGGCACACAACUGCUACAGCAACAUUCUAUUCUUAAGCAAAUGCAGGAAUUUCAAAGGCAACAGUUUCCAAAUCCUCAGCAGCUACAAGAAGCAAGGCAGUUGAGCUCUAUGAAUCAGGUUUCAUCUUUUGUAAAACAGGGAUCAGGCAGCCUUUCUCCAGCUACAAUCAAUGGUGUUCCUGUCCAUGAUGCUUCAAAUUAUUCUUUGCAACCUGAGCUUAUGACACCAAAUGCAAAUUGGCUGCAGCAUGAUGCCUUUUCAGCUCUGCAGGGAUCAUCUGGUGGAUUUAUGUUUUCCCCUGUGCAAAGCCAGGUGCGUUUGAUGGGUUUGGAUCCUCAGCAGGAUAAUCAAUCAUUUAAUGGGGUCUUUAACGGCAGUGCAAGAGGAAAUCAAUAUCAAUAUUUGUCUGUCCAAAUGGAUAAGCCUUUAUUACAGCAGGUGCCAGCUAGCAGUAAUUCCUUUCCAGGUAACCAGUAUGCUAUGUUUUCAGACGAAGUUGGGUUGCAAGAUGGAACUUUGCUUUCUAGACAGGGUGAUCUGGGUAAAAGUUUAUUUGGUGCUGCAGCUGUUCAAGAUUUAAAUAGUGUAUUUCAUUCAGAAAACUUGCAGCAAAUGACUAUCCAGCCAAAAAGUGCAUUGAUGGAGUCUCAUGGGAGGCAAGAAGAACAUCCUGGUCCAUUGAUGGAGUCUCAUGGGAGGCAAGAAGAACAUCCUGGUCCAUCAGAAACAUCCCUGGAAAAGUCAGCAAUUCAGGCUGUGCACUCUCAGAAUGUCGCUUCACUAGAUCCAACUGAAGAAAAGAUUUUGUUUGGUUCAGAUGACAAUGUGUGGGAUAUCUUUGGAAAGAGCACCAACACGAGCGCAGUGUUGGAUGGUACAGAUUCUUUUGGGGCAUUUCCUUCUCUGCAAAGUGGAAGUUGGAGUGCUCUUAUGCAGUCUGCUGUAGCAGAAACAUCCAGCAGUGAUAUAGGGGUACAGGAAGAGUGGAGUGGUUUAGCUUUGCAGACUAGCGAACCUCCUAGCAGAAACAUGCCAUCAUUAAUUGCCAAUGAUGGCAGCCAACAGCAAUUGCCUGGAGUUGAUAACAACUUGCAGAAUGCCUCAACAGUGAACUUUAAACCUUUUCCCAUGUCUAUUGAUGCCAAUAUCAAUCAUGAUUUUGGUAGUACUCUUGGGGUUCAGCAAUCAGGUGUCCAGACUGCAAAUGAACAGACUGGGAGAAUGCAUAAUGAUUCUUGUCAGAGGUUUGUUCAACAUUUAACAGAAGAAAGAAGCAAAUGGUUAGAUCGCAGUCCUCUUGAAAAGCCUGUAGCUGAAAGUGCCUCACUCUUUGGAAAUGUUGCACACUCUCCUGAUGUGCACGCAAGUGCAAAGAGCAUCUCAGGCCACCAAGGCAUGGCCUUAUUUAAUCCUCAUGGUCUGCCUCACAAUAAGCCAAAUGAUUGGAACUUCAUUGAGUCUGCAUCACGUAGUGGUGGGGCUGUAUCAAAUAGUCAGGAUAUUGAAAGCUCAUCUCAACCUUCUCAGAGUAGUGAUCACAAGGGUGGCUUGUAUGAGGAGAGAGGCCUUGGUUCUGAUCUUGAUCAUCCUCUUUCUGAUGUUAAUAUUGGACCAGGGAAUGUAGAUUCUGGCUUGGGAAGCCCACAAGUGAAUGAAGGUUCUCGUCUGGGUAAUGUUGCUGCAGUAACAGAUUCAAGAACAAGAAGGGUCAUCAAGGAAAGCAGUCAGCAACUUCCAAAUGGACAUAAUCUUAAUCUCUGGAAAAAUAUUGAUUCUAAAGUAAACUCUGGACCAAGCAGUACACCGGCAAAUUAUCAGCAAAAUCUUGAUAAGAGCCCUCUAUCUUUUGAUUCAUCACGAAAUAAUUGCUUGGAGAAAGGAUUGUCUGAAGCAAAUAUGUUGGAGAACUCUAAUGUCAAAGAAACUUCAAAUGACAGUUUUCACUCGAACGUAUCCCAACAUACCUCCACUGGUGGCAUUAUAGGCGAUGGCUGGUUGGAUGCAAAUGAUCCACUGGCAGGAGAACAGAAGUCAUCUGUUCAUGUUAGUUGUAAACCUUCUGGAGCCUACAAAUUUCAGUAUCAUCCUAUGGGGGAUCUGGAUGCGGAGGUUGAACCUUCUUAUGGAACUAAAAAUCUCACACGUAUGCAAGCAAUAGCCCAACAUGGUUCUCAAGGAUUCAAAGGUCAUGACCAAGGAUAUUUUGUGCAGUCAAAUUAUACUGGACAUGCUGCUGGCAAGUCUACAGAAACUGAGAAGGGUUGUAUUCCUGGCAUUCAAGUAGAAGAGAUGCCUUCAACUCUUGGUUCUGCACCUGACAGAUCUUUUAAUUUCAUCCCAAACAAUACAGCUUCAAUUAGUCAAAAUAUGCUGGAGCUUCUUCAAAAGGUUGAUCAACCUAGGGAACCUGGUACUGCAACACACUUAAGCUCUUCUGAACGCAAUCAAUCAUCUGAAAUGCCAGAUGCAGAAACUUCUGAUGGAUCAGUAGGCCAGUUUCAGCACAAUAGGCCCUCUACUUCUCAAGGUUUUGGGUUACAGCUAGGUCCCCCAUCUCAAAGGUUUACCAUUCCAGACCGGUCAAUUUCAUCUCAAAGUUCUCCACAAAGACUUAAUUCUCUAAAUUCAGUUCACAUCUCUUCUGAGGCAAGAAGGAAGGGUCAUACCUUAGUUGGUCCAACAGCUUCUGUUCAGUUACCUCAUGGAGAAUUCAAUGGAGAUAGCAGGAAUAAUAUUUCACGAGUCUCCGGUCAUACCAACUACAGAGCCUCACAACAUAAUAUUGCGGGCAAUGUUUCUGCAGAUUUUAGUGGGUUUACAUGUCAGUCAAAGCAGAUUGAUGACUCUUCUGAGAGAGCUCAAAUUAGUCAAUUGGGAAGGAUAUCAGCACCUCGCAUGCCAAAAAGUGCUACGGAUGACCUUUCCUCUUCAGAGACUUCCUGGCCAAGUUAUAGCACCCAAAACCAUGCAAGGGUUACAGACCAGCAGUUUCCAGUGUUGGAGGCUAUGCCAGCUUCCCAACCUUCAGGAGGUGCUUUUACCAAAAUGCCUAAUGUAUGGACCAGUGUCUCAGCUGCUCAACAUCUAUUAGGAGCUCAGGCUUCUUGGGCCUCACAGAAUUUGUUGAAGCACCAGCAGCAGUCAAAUGGUAACUCAGAAACAACUCUUCCUAGGGAAAAGAAGCUAGAUGAUCAAAUUGCCUGGGCAGGAGGGAAUGGUGCAACUGAGUUCCCUGCAGGAUCUGCUAAACCACAGAACUCUGUUAGAGAAGAGCAACCUGCAAAAGGCCAGCAGUUAUUGCCAGAGGCUGAUGCCAGCCAAAAUCCUGCAUGUAUGCAGAGAGACAUUGAAGCUUUUGGCCGUUCUUUAAGACCAAAUAAUACUGUACAUCAGAACUAUUUGUUGUUGCAUCAGGUGCAGGCCAUGAAAAAUAUAGACAUUGAUCCAAGUAAUAGGAGUGUUAAAAGAUUUAAAGGUCCAACUCCAGAGUCUGCUUUGGAUGCUCAACAGAAAUCUCAAGGUGCAGAUCUGUUACCUUAUGGAUCCAAUAAUAUGAUGAGAGAUGCGUUAAUGAUUUCUUCUAUAGUUCCUUCUGGAGAUUCUAAGAUGCUAAACAUGUUGUCGGGCGCUGGAGAAUACACUGAGAGACAGUCAUCUGCUAAUGAUACACUGGCAUUUGUUCAGAAUGAUUCUCUGAAUUUCAACAAUGCUAAUAAUUCAGCUGGUUCUGAUAGGAGUGAACACCCUCAGAUCAGACCCCAGAUGGCUCCAUCCUGGUUUGAACAGUACGGGGCAUUUAAAAAGGGGCAAAUGUUGCCUAUUUAUGAUGCUCAGAAAAUUGCCACAAUGAAGGCUGCAGACAAAGGAUUUAUCGUUGGUUGGCCUUCUGAUAAUUUGCAUGCUCUUGAUUCUAGUGAGCAGGUUAAUGCUGCUGAUGCUAGUCAGCUGGAUGGUACCCGGCAAAAUUCAAACCUCAUGCCAAUAGCAAGUGGACAUAUCUCCUGUCAGUUACUUCCUCCCGGUAUUCCAAAUCAGAACUUGAUUGUUAUGAGAGCAAAAAAGCGUAAAAGUAUGACAUUUGAGCUUGUAUCAUGGCAUAGAGAAGUGACACAAGGUCGUUCAAGACCUCAGGACAUCAGUGCGGCUGAAGCAGGAUGGGCACAUGCAGCAAAUCGAUUGAUUGAGGCUGAAAAUGAACCUGAAAUGAUUGAAGAUUGGCCGCCUGUGCUUAGAUCAAAAAGAAGGCUUAUCUUGACAACACAGCUUAUGCAGCAACUACAUUGUGCUCCUCCAAGAGCAGUUCUUUCUGCAGAUGCUAUAAAAAACUAUGAGACUGUGGUCUAUUUUGUUGCCAGAUUAGGCUUAGGAGAAGCAUGCAGCUCAGCAUAUAUAUGUGAAAGUGAUAAAGCUGUUCCUUCUGAGAGUGGAAGCACCCUCCCUGAAAAGGUUAAGAAGAGAAAGCAGUCCAUCUUAAAGGCUGCAGAACAGUUUGUCAUCGCUGCGGAACAGUUUGUCAUCACUGCAAAGAAGCUGGAAAAUGAUUUACAGAGUCUGGACAAGAGAUCCUCAAUCUUGGACUUAAGAUUGGAAUGCCAGGAUCUAGAGAAGAUCUCACUCAUCAAUCGUUUUGCCAAGUUCUAUGGUCGGGGACAAGCUGACAGGGCCGAGACCUCAUCGACCUCUGCAGCAAUUGCUAGCCCUCCCAAAUUCUUCAUCCAGAGAUAUGUUUCUGCAGUACCGAUGCCUAGGAAUGUUCCUGAUAAGGUACAAUGUCUUCCACUUUGAUGAUUAGCUAAUUGGUUUUUUCCAGUUCAAGAGUUGACUGGAUACUGGCUGACUUAUAGGUGAAAUCUUCUGAAGAUUUCUUAGCUGUAAAUACAAUAUAAUUGUUGUAAAUAUAGAUUGGCAGCUGUAGAUUAUUUUUCCUUAUUUAUGUUCUUUAUAGUCUACAAAUAGGAUAUAUAUGAUACUAAUAGACUUUAUGUGUGGCAAUACAAGUCAAAAACCUUUUUGCAUUCCCCCUUUA